CCAUUAUGCACUCUGCAUCUGUGCCCAAUAACACUGCCUUCCACCCUUUGACAUUUCUUUUACUUGGAAUCCCUGGGAUGCAAGACCAGCACAUUUGGAUUGCCAUCCCCUUCUGCUCCAUGUAUAUCCUUGCUUUAGUUGGCAAUGGCACCAUCCUCUACAUCAUCAUGACAGACCGAGCUCUGCACGAGCCGAUGUACCUCUUUCUGUGCCUACUUUCCAUUACGGAUCUGGUACUCUGCUCAACAACAUUGCCCAAAAUGCUAACAAUCUUUUGGCUUAGGUCCCACAUAAUUUCCUACCAAGGCUGCCUCACCCAGAUGUUUUUUGUUCAUGCAGUCUUUGCCACAGAGUCAGCUGUUCUGCUAGCCAUGGCUUUUGAUCGUUAUGUGGCUAUCUGCCGUCCACUACAUUAUAUGUCCAUCCUCAACGCCACCAUGAUUGGGAAGAUUGGCCUGGCGUGUGUUAUCCGUGGUCUUCUCUUUGUCUUCCCAUUUGUCAUCCUCAUCGAACGCUUACCCUUCUGUGGACAUCGCAUCAUCCCCCACACCUACUGUGAGCACAUGGGCAUAGCCAAGCUGGCCUGUGCCAGCAUCAAGCCCAACAACAUCUAUGGUCUUACUGUAGCUCUCUCAAUCACUGGCAUGGAUGUGGUCCUCAUCGCCACCUCCUACAUCCUGAUCCUGCAGGCUGUGCUGCGAUUGCCCUCCAAGGAUGCUCAAUUCCGAGCAUUUAGCACUUGUGGAGCCCACAUUUGUGUGAUUCUUGUCUUCUAUAUCCCUGCCUUCUUCUCCUUUUUUACCCACCGCUUUGGCCACCAAGUACCCCCUCAGGUCCACAUUGUACUUGCAAAUCUUUAUCUCCUUGUGCCCCCUGUUCUCAAUCCCCUGGUCUAUGGCAUUAAUACCAAACAGAUUCGUCUGAGAAUAUUUGACUUUUUUAUAGGGAGAAGGUAACUAUACU